AUGGAUGCGAGCUACCUGCGAAGGGGUCCGCUGCUCCUCCCAAGCCAGCAGGAUGCCGCAAAGAUCCGCAUCUUUAACUCCGGUGCCAGGCAAAGGCCCGAAGUGUUCCGAAAUGUUCUACCUGCAGGUGCAAGCUGCCAGACUUUUGGCUUUGUGCUUGGCACCAUUUCCGUCCAGCGCCGCCGAUGUUUGCGAAGGGUCUGCAGGGUCGCACGCCACGCAGGUGGCGUGAUCGACUAUUACGAGGUACUCGGAGUCAGCAAGAGCGCCAACGAGCGAGAGAUCAAGUCGAGCUUCAGAAAGUUGGCUCGCCAGUAUCAUCCAGACAUCAACAAAGAGCCCGGAGCACAGGAAAAGUUCCAGCAGAUUGCCAAGGCCUACGAGGUUCUUUCAGACACAGACAAGAGAAAGCAAUAUAACCAGUUUGGGGAUGGUGGCCUUUCUGGCAUGAGUUCUGGACCAGAUUUGUCCGAUGUAGACCUCGAUGACAUUCUUGGCGAUGUGUUUAGCUCGUUCUUUGGUGGCCGUCCAAACGGAGGUGUUGGAGGAACUGGGGUUGGUGGUGGAGCUGCGCAUGCGAGAAAGGGAGGCCGCACGCGAGCCCGGAGAAAAAGGGCCGAGAAGGGCUCAGACCUGCAAUGUAAGGUCGAAGUUCCAUUUGAGGUCGCUUGCUUUGGUGGACGUCAUGUUGUACAUAUCAACAGAGAGGAGACGUGCGAGGCAUGUCAGGGAGAAGGCGUCACUCCUGGUGAAGAGAAGCAUCAGCAGUGCCGCAGGUGUGGGGGGUCUGGCGUUAUUGCCCAAUUUCUGCAGACUCCUUUGGGUGGUAUGCAAACGCAACAGGUGUGUCCAAAAUGCAAAGGAUCCGGAAUAGAUCCAAGUGCAACUUGCCAGUCAUGUGGCGGCAAAGGUACGAAGAGCAAACUCUGCGAAGUGGCGGUGAGUAUUCCAGUUGGUUGCAACGCUGGCAGCAAGCUUCGUGUGCGAGGAGAGGGCGACAAAGGUGCCCGGGGAGGCCCACCUGGUGACUUGUACAUAACACUCAAGAUUGGCCAAUCCGAUGAGUAUGUCAGGGAUGGUACAGACAUUUACAAUGAGCGGGUCAUCAGUGUCUUCGAUGCCAUGCUUGGGACAUCUGUUCAGAUCCGCACGGUGGAUGGUAAGGGCGUGUCCGUGAAGGUUCCGGCAGGAACGCAGCCCGGGACAACGAUGCGUUUGCAAGGACGCGGUGUCCCAAAACUCGGUCUCGAAGGAGAGCGAGGCGACCACUAUGUGACAUUGCGGGUGGAGGUGCCAUACCACCUCGACGACCGCCAAAGAAAGCUCGUUUCGCGGCUUCGAGAUGAAUGUGGGCUCGACGGACAAGAAGAGCUCCCUGGCAACGAUAAUGAGGUUGUUUCCUAG